CUCAGAGAGUCUUCGGAUCUGAGUCGGAGCCGCGGCAUCAAAUCACCACUGAGCAGAUGAUGUUGUCAGGACUUGAAUCGAUCAGAAGUUUAUACCCAACUAGUCAAUGUGGGCAUUUUCACGAUCUUCGCCUCCAGGUGCACGGAGCUAUAAACGGAUUUCGACAAACAUGAUCAUAGUCACAGAGAAAUCUGUGUUUCUGUGUCAGAGCCGUGUUGCACGUGUGCGUCAGAGCUCAGUUUUAUUCUGGUCGUCGGCCUGCUGCUGCCGUCACGACCUGCACAACGCUGAUGACCUUCGCUCAGGCAACGUUCUGGCCUCUGGAAGAUGCAGAAACAAUAUGUAUGCGUGAGCCCCUCCGAUGACGUCAUUGUCAAGACUGAGAAUGGGCCGCGACCGAAGAAACAUCGCUACGUACGCAAAGAGGGCAACUGCAACGUCGUGUUCCGCCACGUCCCAGAGGAGUGGCUGCUGUUCGUGACCGACAUCUUCACCACCCUGGUGGAGAUCAGAUGGAGGGUGAUGUUCCUGAUCUUCGCCCUCUCCUACAUCCUGUCCUGGCUCUUCUUUGGCAUCCUCUACUGGGUCAUCGCUCUCGCUCACGGCGACAUCAAAGACGAGACCAUCGACCCGUGCAUGUACGAAGUGCGCAGCUUCACGGCCGCGUUCCUCUUCUCGCUGGAAACUCAGACCACCAUCGGCUACGGCGUCAGGGGAAUGUCGGAGAACUGCAUGGUCGCCAUCGUCGUCGUCACCGUGCAAGACGUCAUCAGCUGCUUCAUCGACACCUUCGUCAUCGGAAUCGUCGUCGCAAAAAUGGCCUCGGCCAGAAAGCGGGCGCAGACGGUGGGCUUCAGCAACUGCGCCGUCAUCAACCUUCACGACGGCUUCCUGUGCCUUUCCUGGAGAGUCGGGGACUUCCGCAGGAACCACCUGGUGGAGGGGACGGCCUGCGCUCAGAUAGUCCGCUCCACGGUGCACGCCACGGGGAAGGUGGACGUGACAUACGAGCACCUGGUCAUCCGGCAGAAGGACAUCACCCUGGUCACGCCCACCACCGUCUUCCACAGGAUCGAACCCGGCAGCCCGCUGUUCAAGAUGAGCCUGGUGGACCUGCGCAAAGCAGACUUUGAGCUGGUGGUUUCCUUCACCUACACGGACGACUCCACGGGAAUGCUGCAUCAGACCCGCACCUCGUUCACGCCACCCGAGAUCCUCUGGGGUCAGCUCUUCCAGGAGAUGAUCAGGGUCAGCCGGAGGAACUACAGGGUGGAUUACACCUUGUUCAACCACACCGCCAAGGUGCCGGUGCCCGAGGUCAGCGCCGAGGAGUACGAACAUAAGAAGCAGCUGCGACCCUCUCCUCGGCAUUCCCCGCGUCAUUCGCCCCGGCCUUCUCCAAGACCUUCUCCAAGGUCCUCUCCAAGGUCCUCUCCAAGGCCUUCUCCAAGACCUUCUCCAAGACCUUCUCCAAGACCUUCUCCAAGGUCCUCUCCAAAGUCCCAACGGCAGAAUCAUCAAGAUAAUCAUCUGAAACCUCCAACAGUAACAGUGGAGCUUGUGAGCGACAGCUGCCCGGAACCAACUCGUUCAUCGUGUCUCGCAGAGAGUCAACAUCAAGACACUCUGACUUUGCCGAAUGACCUCGCCGGUGCAGACGUGUAGAGCAACGUAACAUUUGUUUAAAGUAGCACUCGACCCAAUAUCUGUCUCGAGUAUCUAAAGACUUGACUUGACAGGUGAAGCCCAUUGGUCACUUCCUGUUACCUGAAACGUCUGUGGAGAUUCUACAUCUCAAAAUUUGGUCCAAAAAUGGAAAAUUUUGAAUGUCUCUGAUUCAGUGUGAAAACUGCUGAGAAAGAAACAAGAAGCUCCAAAACAGUAAUUAAAUGGAGUUCGUAUUGAGGUUUGCUUUGAUCUAAUUUUUUUUUCCGACCCAUUAACCAAGAUAUGAUAUAAGAUAUGAUUUGAGAUAAGAUAUGAGAUAUAAGAGAUAAAAUAAGAUUUCAUUAAUCCCGAGCCGGGGGAGUUCAAUUCAAAGGCAUCAGGGAAGAGGUAGAAAUUAUUUUCAAAAAUAUAAACAAAAACAAACAGUUAUGUGAUUUAUUAUUGAUAAUUAUUAAUGUUAUUGAUUAAGAUAUGAUAUUCACUAUCAGGUCAAAUGUCGAAUCUCUGCUGAUAGUUAAUAACCAGAAUGUGAACCACUUAUGUGUAAAGUCAAAGUUUAUAUGAAACACAAAUAUGUUAUUUUUUCAGUAACUAAACUACUAAACUACCAGUCAAGCUAUUAAAAAAAUCAAACCACCUCACUGAAAAAUAAGCGUGUUAAUAUCCGAUGUGAAGACUAUGGCAAAAGGUUAAAUAUUUUAUAUCCUGCAAUACUUUAUGAAUAACAAGUGGGAAGGGACGAUCUGAUGUAACAGACUGACCAAAUGUGUUUCUCAUUUUUGUUGUUACAGUAUCAUUAAGCAGAUUUUAUAAAAUAUUAAAACAAUAUUGCUUAUGAAGACGAUGCCAGUGUCGGCAAUUUCCAAUAAAGUGAUGUUUAAAUGUC